AUGCCACCACUGCAGAAUCUAGAAGAGUCUUCUAAAGAAGAGGACGAAGGUGCUAUAAUAGCAGCCAGCCAGGAUACAGAUAUACUAACUUCGUCUACACAAAGCACUAAAAAACCUUAUGAGGAUUACGAUACAGGACACCUAUCUCUGCCUACACUAGCUGUAAUAGCUACUCUAGAUCUAGACAAUUACUUAGAACAUCACCAAGUCUUACUAACUAUAGCUAGCCACAGCUCUACACCUACUCUAGAGACGCAGCUAUCUACUCGCAAAUUAAGAAAAAGAAAGCGACGCGACUUAAUAGAACGAUUAGUGGACAUAAAUGCUGCCGCAAAUCGCGAACUUAUUGACGGUAAUCUACGCUAUUUACAUAUACUGCUAGAAGGAGUAGUAAGAUCUAGGAAGCCUAUACGUAAAAGUAGCAGCUUCUUUGUCCGUAAAUACUGGUCCACGUUCGUAGCAGCAUCUGUUAAAGCUCCAAAAACACGAUUUCACUACUCAACGCUACCUCCUAAGCCACGUUUCUACUAA